AUGAGGAGUCUAAAACUUCACAUUAUUGCCCUCCUCCUCAGCUAUUUCAUGGAUGACAGAGUCCAUAGUCAGGUAAUCUGUAGCAGAGCAACCUCUCGUGAGUGGCACACUCAGCCACAGAGCAAUAAUGUGAAAUGGACACUUACGGAGAACACCUGCAGCAGCGCAGCCCAGUGCUGGAGUGAACAGUGGGCAGGCGAGGGAGAGCAACAUGAGUUCUCAGCAGCUCAAUCUUAUGGCUUCCCACAGCUAUGCCCGCUACAGCUUCAGGAGGGAGACACCUUGUUUACUUUUGCUGACAAUACACUGGAGGAGUUGGGUAUAAAUCUUAUCAAUGCUUCUCAAGAGGUGUUUGACACUUGUUUCCUAGAGGAACUGAAGUCUGAGCAGUUCCUGUUUGCCAACAAUAUGAAUGGUAGCUUGCAAGUGGACUCAAAAUUGCUUUCCCCUGGCAUUCAUUAUUUCAUAGCCCUUCACAGAGGUAGCUUCCAGUUAUGUAAGCUUGGUCUGCGACUCAUAGUCCAUGUGAAAGAACAGCGUUGUCAGAGCUCUCCUCUGCUUCGUCUUUGCUCAGGGAAUGGUGUUUGCAAGACAGGUAUAUGGGAUGAUGCCUACAGUUGUCACUGCAACAAACCUUAUUCUGGUGUGUUCUGUGAACAUUUUGACGCAUGCUCUCAAUAUCCAUGCUCAAAUGGUGCAACGUGUCUGAACAAAGGAUUAUCAAACCGCAGUCACACCACAUAUGAGUGUGUUUGUCCCUCAGACUUCACAGGAGUGAACUGCUCUGAAAUCAAAGGAGAAGAAAACUGCAUUAAGAGAUGUCGUAAUGGGAACUGUGUGAAAGCAUCACCAAUCUCCUUCACCUGUGACUGUGAUGCAGGAUUUUCAGUGCCAGUGGCCACCUUAGUGGCAGAGGGAAAGGGGAACGAUGGUGAUGAUGAGGGUGAGGAUUCCAUCCGGGGUGAACCUGUGAGUGCCCGUUUAGACAACCUGGAGGCAUUAGGCAAUGCUACGCCUAUCAAACAGCAUCCAUAUAGACUGUCUCCUGCUAAGUUGAGUAAAGUCAGGGAAGAGCUUGCUUAUAUGGAGGAGAUAGGGGUGGUUGAGUCAGGGCAGGUCCUGCCGUUUGGCAUGAAAAAUGCACCAGCCACCUUCCAGCGCCUAAUGAACACCGUCACGGCUGGACUGAGUAAUGUGGUCACCUAUAUAGAUGAUGUGGUGGUGUACAGCAGUUCUUGGCAUGAGCAUGUAUGUCAUCUGCGGCAGUUGUUUGAGCGGUUGCGUCAGGCUCGGUUAGUGGUGAACCUGGCGAAGUGCGAAAUAGGGCCAGCGGUGGCUGAGCCUCUGACCAACCUGUUACAGAAAGGAGUGAAGUAUGUGUGGAGUGAGGCUUGUGAAGCGACUUUCAACAGUCUGAAGGCAGUGUCGGCAUGUGAACCUGUGCUGAUGGCACCGGAUUUUGAUGCUCCCUUUAAAUUGACUGUGGAUGCAUGCGAAGUGGGGAUUGGGGCAGUGCUACUUCAAUGGCACUGCAUUUUUGUUUCAGGGGCUUUCUGUGAAGAGUGGAGCGCUUUCUGUGUCUUGAAUCCAUGCCAAAAUGGAGGCAGCUGUGAGGAGAGCAGUAAUGGAUAUGUCUGUACUUGCCCGGAAGGAUUCACAGGCCUUAACUGUGAUGGGGACAUUGGCAACAACUGCAUGUCAUACGAAUGUCAGCGAGAUCAAGCAUGCGCCACCGAGGAACAUACUUCCACGUGCGCUUGUGCAGAUGGUGCUGUGGGCCCACAGUGCAGGACACCCAGCCAGCCCUGCAGCCCUUCUCCCUGUCUCAACAAUGGCAGCUGUGUGUCUCUGGGUGACAGCUACUCCUGCAGGUGCCCGAGAGGCUUUUCUGGGAAGAACUGUGAGGAAGUAAUUGACUACUGCAGGCUGCUCAAUGUAAGCUGCCUCAAUGAAGGAUUGUGUCUCAACUUAAUUGGCGGAUAUAAUUGUCUCUGUGCACCUGGGUGGACAGGAGAGUUCUGUCAGUAUGUGGAGAAUACCUGCUUGAUCUACCCAAACAAAUGCUUGAAUGGAGCAACAUGUGUUAGCACGAAUCAGCCCACAGCACCAGCCAGCUACACCUGCAUAUGUCGCUCCGGCUACACAGGACGCCAUUGUGAGACUGAAAUAAAUGAGUGUGAUUCAAGCCCCUGUCAGCACAAUGGGACAUGCACAGACUUUGUUGGCUACUACAAAUGCCUGUGUCCCUCAGGAUUUGUUGGAACUAACUGUGAGGUGGAUGUGAAUGCUUGUGCUUUGCCCAAUGCCACCUGUCCUCCUAGAAGCAUUUGUGUGGAUUUACCUGAGGGUCUGAAAUACACGUGUAGUCUGCCAUGUCCACAGAAUGUGCAGCCAUGUGCCAAUGGGGGAACAUGUGUCCUUAAUAAUGCCACCAGCUAUAGCUGUAUCUGUGGACCAGGCUGGUCUGGACGCAACUGUUUGGUCAACAUAAAUGACUGCACACAGCACUGGUGCCAAAAUGGAGCUACGUGCAUUGAUGAAAUUGGUGGAUAUAGCUGUCUGUGUCGCAGUGGAUUCACUGGAGCUCAUUGUGAGCUUGGCUUUGAUUACUGCUCUGAACAUCGGUGCUCACAAUUUGGCACGUGUUUGAACCAGCAACACAACUACACCUGCCGUUGCACGCUGGGGUACGAGGGCAGGUACUGUGAAGUCGAGACAGACGAAUGCAAAAGUUCUCCGUGUGCCAACGGUGCCACUUGCGUGGAUUCUGUGGCAAGUUACCGAUGCCAGUGUGCCCCAGGAUUUGAAGGCCGGACCUGUUUAGAAAACAUCAAUGACUGUUGGUCCGGACCAUGUUUAAAUGGAGGCUCCUGUGUCGAUCUGGUCAAUGGCUACAUUUGUGAUUGUCCUUUUGGAUUUAGCAGGGAUGACUGUUCCAUUCCUGUGAAGAACUGUGUGUCAGAUCCAUGUGACCCAAAGGGGACCCAUCACUGUAUGGAACAGAUGAACGGAUUUAUGUGUGUCUGCCACCCUGGAUAUACAGGAGCUCUCUGCCAAACUCCCAUAGAACACUGUGUAGAAGGAUUGUGCCAUUAUGGAUCAAAAUGUGUGGAUCUCCCCAGAGGUUUCAAGUGUGAAUGUUUACCUGGGUUAACUGGGCAAUUCUGUGAAGUAAACAUUGAUGACUGUGAAGAGAGGCCGUGUGGAGCCCUUAGCAUUUGCAGAGAUGCCAUCAAUGCGUACAACUGUUUCUGUGCACCAGGCUUUAUUGGUAAUAACUGUGAGAUUGAAGUAAAUGAGUGUCUAAGUCAACCCUGUCAGCAUGGAGGCUCCUGCUCUGAUGAACUUAACUCUUUCAGCUGCAAGUGCCCAGAAGGAAUCACUGGGAUCUUCUGUGAAAUCAAUGUAGAUGAAUGUCAAUCAUUGCCUUGCCUCAAUAACAGCACAUGUCUGGACCUUGCAAAUGGAUAUGAAUGCGUCUGCCUUCCAGGCUUCUCUGGUUCUGAAUGUGAGCUUGACAUUGAUGAGUGUGCCUCAUCCCCUUGCAAGAAUGGAGCCACUUGCAUUGACCAGCCUGGUAAUUACCAUUGCCAAUGUGUGGCUCCAUUUAAAGGUGUGAACUGUGAGUCCCUGCCUUGUGAGGUCAGUAAUCCCUGUGAGAAUGGGGCGGAGUGUGUGGAAGAGUUGGACCAGACUCACUUCCCCCUGGGCUUUCGGUGCAGCUGCCGCCGGGGCUUCACCGGGCCCCGCUGUGAGAUCAACGUGGAUGAAUGCAGUUCCAACCCGUGUCUCCACGGAUUCUGCUACGAUGUUGUGGAUGGAUUUUAUUGCCUUUGUAAUCCUGGCUAUGCUGGAGUCAGGUGUGAACAGGACAUUGAUGAUUGUAUCAACAAUUUGUGUGAGAACAAUUCAACAUGCGUGGACCUCCAUUUGAGUUACCAAUGCCUCUGCCUUCCAGGAUGGGAGGGGGAGUUCUGCCAGCGAGAGACAGAUGAGUGCUCAUCAGAACCCUGCAAAAACCACGGCACUUGCUCAGACCUUCUCAACGGAUACAAGUGCACGUGCACUCGUGGCUGGACUGGGCAGAACUGUACAGACAAUGUUCGGGAGUGUGACUCUGCCCCUUGCCUGAACGGGGCACAGUGUGUGGAGUCAGAGACCCCAGGGGAGUUCUCCUGCACCUGCCCACCUUUCUUCACCGGCCCCCUCUGCGAUACGCCUUAUGACCCCUGCCACCCUCAGCACAACCCCUGCCUGAACAACGCAGCCUGCCGGGCCCGUCCAGAUGGAACAGCGUCCUGCAUUUGUCCAGCUGGAUUUGAGGGAACUCACUGUGAAAUUGACACCAACGAGUGUGGCUCCAGCCCGUGUCAAAACCAGGGCCAUUGUGUGGAUGGGGUCAGCAGUUACAAGUGUUUCUGUAAGCCAGGUUUCUCUGGCCAGAACUGUGAAGAAGACAUCAAUGAGUGUGCCUCUAGUCCUUGCCAAAACAGAGGUAUCUGCCAAGAUCUUGUGAACAGCUUCCGAUGCAACUGCCCGCCAGGAUAUUUUGGGGCCCUGUGUAACCUAGAUGUGAAUGAGUGUGAAGACUCACCUUGCGUCCAUGAUGGUGUGUGUGUCAACAAGCCUGGGGGCUUUAUGUGUAUCUGUCUCCCUGGCUUCUCAGGAACAUGGUGUGAAUUAAACAUCAAUGAAUGCAUCUCUAAUCCGUGCCAAAACAGCGGACGGUGCAUUGAUGCACCAAAUGGUUACCAGUGCAUGUGCACCAGUGGUUUCAUGGGCUCAAACUGUGAAAUCAACAUUAACGAGUGCUUAUCAAGCCCUUGCCUUCAUGGGAGCUGUGUGGAUGGGAUUAAUGUGUAUAAGUGCCACUGUGAGAUGGGAUGGACAGGCCACAGAUGUGAGAUUAAUAUUGAUGAAUGUGUGUCUCACCCAUGUUUGAAUGGAGGAUCCUGUGUGGAUCUCGUUGACAAAUUCGCAUGCAUCUGUGCUGAAGGAUUCAGUGGAAAACACUGCGAAAUCGACAUGGAUAUAUGUCUUCACACCUCUAAAAAUUUCUCACUGUGUUUCAAUGGUGGGACCUGUGUGGAUGGACCAGGAGCCAAUUUCACAUGCAGCUGCCCUGCAGGUUUUAUUGGGGACUUCUGUGAGGUGGAUGUUAAUGAAUGCUGUUCAGAGCCCUGUCUCCAUGGAGCUAUUUGCCAGGACCUUACCAAUGGCUACCAAUGCCACUGUCGACCAGGCUGGACAGGCCUUCACUGUGAAGAUGACAUUAAUGAGUGCCUGCCGCAGCCGUGCAACCAAGGCAUGUGCAUCCAGAAUGAUCCAGGCCACGGUUAUACCUGUUUUUGCCGUCCCGGAUUUGUGGGAAGGAACUGCGAGAAUAAUUAUGAUGACUGCUUGCUUCAGCCAUGCCCAGAUGCCCAUAUCUGUGUGGAUGGUAUUAACAAUGUCAGCUGUCUGCCUGUUGAGAGAGAUGUCCUGUCUGAGUCUUCUGUGUCAGUAGCUCCUUGGGGCCUCCUCCCAACCACAUCAUGGCUCCCUGGCACUGUGGCACCAGUGGAGGACCUACAAAAUUCAGAACAACCAAAAGAUAUAAGCUAUGUGGGCUACUCUGGUGAUUCCUUCUUGGAGUUUGAGGGCAUUAAUCUUGGUGCAUUAAACAACAUUACAGUUCGGUUUCAAACCAGAGCAGCUAAUGGGACCCUUCUCUACGCUGACCAAGGACCUGAUCCUCGUGCCUUCUUUUUCAUUAAACUCUUCAUUCUUAAAGGAAUUCUGCAGUAUGACUUUUCCUGUAAUGAAGAUGAAGGCGUGAAGAGAAUAAAUAGCACUGUAUCAGUUGAUGAUGGCUAUGAAUACAUGGUGCUUGUAAGACAGCGCCUUGCUCCAUGUGAGGCAGAAGUUGCUGUGUCUGGCUACAAAAGAGCCAGAAGCAUCCCAAGCAAUUACUGGUCAGGUCUCACCAUUCAAAGAACAAGCCACUUUUUCAUAGGAGGAAUACCGUCCCGCUACCCAACCUAUCGAGGAGCUGAACCUUUCUACAACUUCACUGGCUGCAUUGAAAUAAUUGAAAUUAAUAAGCUCAGAGGAUUUCACACAUCUAGCGCCAUUACUGGGAGCAACGUUGACAACUGCAGGUCCUUAUGGCACAGAGACCCCCCAGCAAGCUCCGAAACACAUCCUACGCAUCUCAGUACAGCAGUGGAUACCACCAGUGGGGCCACCACGUCAGUAAUAUCCACACCGCUUCCCCCUCCUCUUUCACCAGUCUGCAAUGAGGGGCUGUGUCACAACGGGGGAACGUGUCAUCCCGUGCUCCUGCCGAGUAGCAUCCCAUCCUUCCACUGUGAUUGUCCACUCCACUUCACAGGACGCUUCUGCGAAAAAGAGACAGCAAUACACUUCCCAUCUUUCAAUGGUACUUCUUACUUAGAACUCCAGCCGCUAACUUCUCUGCUGCAGUCUGGUGCAGGCUUUGAGGUUCCACCCUUCUCUGGCAGUGAGGAAACUGUGACUCUUUAUUUAACAGUGAAAAUAAGAGCUUCCCAUGGUACCAUCCUCUACACGCAAGAGCAGAAUUUUGGGGAUCGUUUUCUUCAUGUGUUCCUCCAAGACAGCAAGCCUGUGGCCAAAUUAGGUUGCGGUGGUAUUCAUGAGUUGUGUGUACCUGCAAGUCAGACUAUCAAGCAUGACACCCUGGUGUCAAUCACUGCAAGAUAUCGGCUGCCUGUCAGGAGCAAUGGCGGAUUGUGUAUGAUUGAAAUUGCUGUACACAACACAACAGCUAACAGGCAACAGAUGUAUGUGCCCCAGCCUUCGUCAGAGGUGGCCUUUGGACCUAUAUUCCUGGGUGGUGUACCGUCAGUUACAGGGUUGCGUGACAGUGCAGAGGAGAUGGCAGGCCUGGUGGGCUGCAUCGGUGAGCUGCAGAUCAACAGUAAAGAGAUCUUCAUAGUAGGUGAAGCAGUCAGAGGUAGAAACGUUCACAGCUGUAAGACAUCAGUCUGUCAGCAUCAGCCUUGUCGCAAUGGAGGAACAUGUGUGAGUGAUGUGGACAACUGGUUCUGUGUGUGCCCUCCUCUCUUCUCCGGCAAACUGUGCCAGUUCACUGCCUGUCAACGGAAUCCGUGUGGUCACGGUGCCACCUGCAUUCCCAAGUCUCAGCUGGAGGUGCUGUGUCUGUGCCCAUACGGAAAGCAGGGACUACUGUGCAAUGAAGCCAUAAACGUUACAAGGGCCAAAUUCAGUGGCACUGAUGAGUUUGGAUACACCUCCUACAUGGCGUAUUCCCCAAUUCCCAGUCUCAGCUUCUUCUAUGAUUUCAAGUUAAAGAUUACAUUUGCCAAUAACACAUCUGCUUUGAAGGACAAUCUCAUUCUCUUCUCUGGACAAAGGGGCCAAGGUAUUAAUGGAGAUGACUUUUUUGCACUGGGUGUGAGGAGCGGUCGAAUCAUCCACAAAUUCAACCUUGGCUCUGGUGUAGGCACCAUUGUGAGUGAUCGACUGAACCGUAGGAUUCACAUACACACUGUGCGUUUUGGUCGACACCUCAGGACAGGCUGGCUUAAGGUUGAUGGGCAGAAGAAUAAGACAGGGGUUUCACCAGGGGAACUGACUGGCUUAAACAUCUUCAGCCAACUCUAUGUCGGAGGUUACAGUGAGUUCACACCAGAACUUCUCCCUGUAGGUGGCAGGUUCCAAAACAGUUUCCAAGGUUGUAUUUUUGAUUUGCAAUUCCGCACAAGACGAGACGGGAAGUUCAGAGCGCCGGGAGAUCCAGAGGGACAUCCGGAAUCAGGUCGUAGUAUGGGUCAGUGUGGUGUCUCUCCCUGCGGCCUUGUCAGGUGCCAGAAUGGGGGAACGUGUGUGGACUCUGGAUCAACUGUGUAUUGCCGGUGUUCAUUUGGCUGGAAAGGGGCAUUGUGUUCUGAGAGGGUGUCUGUUUGUGAUUUGGAACACAUCCCCCCUCCCUCAUGUUCGCAUGGCUCCACCUGUGUCCCGCUCCCGGCCGGAUACACCUGCCUGUGUCCCCUGGGCACCGCUGGACAGUUCUGCCAGCAAGCCCUGGCCAUCAGUGACCCAUUUUUCAGUGGCAACCAGUCCUCCUGGAUGUCAUUCGCUGCCAUCAGCAUCAGACACAGAACAAAUCUGCAGCUGCAGUUCCAGACCUUGUCACCAGAGGGCAUCCUAUUCUACACAGCGCAGUAUCUCGGCGCUCGAGCAGGAGACUUUUUCAGUGUGUCUCUAACAUCUGGAUUUGUACAGCUGCGCUACAAUCUUGGCGAUGGUACCAUUGUGCUGCAAUCUACGAAAAAGGUGGACACAACCGGCAGGACUUGGCACACGGUGAAAGCAGGAAGGGAUGGUAACAAAGGCUACCUCACACUGGACGAUGAGCUGGUGACACGGAAUUUUUCUGAGGGUAUGACUACUCUUGACGUUGGUUCAGACAUUUUCAUUGGAGGUGUGUCCGUCCUAAGCUUAGUUUCCUCCGAUGCAGUGGAGAAUGAACCAGUGGGGUUCACUGGCAGUAUUCGUGAGGUCAUUGUCAACAAUCAAGAUUUGGAGCUGACCGAGGCAGGGGCGUUAAAUGGAGCCAAUGUUGGAGACUGGGAUGGAACAGCCUGUGGGUACAAAGUGUGUCGGAACAACGGCUACUGUCGUCCAGUUGGACUUGCCUCAUUUGUAUGUGUUUGCCCCCCGGCCUGGACUGGAUCACGCUGUGAGCGGUCCAUUUACUGUGUCAACAACCUGUGUCAACAUGGUUCAUUAUGCAUUCCUAAUGUUACGGCUGCCUCAUAUUCCUGUGUGUGCUCCCUGGGCUGGGAUGGAAAGUACUGCAACCGAGAGGUGUCAAUGGAAACCGUUCAGUUCAUUGGAAAUUCCUAUUUGAAGUACACAGAUCCUAAAUACAGCUCGAGAAAUUUAACAUUCACGCAGGUGUCCUUUAACUUCUCCUCCAGCUCAGACAGCGGACUGAUUCUGUGGAUGGGCCGGGCGGAAAAUGAGGGAAAUGACUAUCUAGCUCUGGGACUUCAUAACAGUUAUCUCAAAGUUGCCAUUAACCUAGGAGAGAGAAUAGCUCUCCCUCUGGUCUACACAAACUCAUCUCUGUGUUGUAAACAAUGGCAUCAUGUGUCUAUAAAUCACAACCGGACUGUCUUCCAAGUUUUUAUUGAUGACGAGAGAGUCAUUUUUGAGGAUGUGGACCCUUUUGAGCGUUACGUAGCUCUUAAUUAUGGAGGUGUGUACUACUUUGGUGGGUUUGAACUAGACAGAGAUGUUGAAGCAGUGACAACAGAUCUUUUCACAAGAGGUUUUGUGGGAAGCAUCAAAGAUGUUGUUUUAUAUCAGGACACAAGAAAGCUACAGUUUCUCCAAGGCACUGAGGGUUUUAAUGUUUACAAAGGAGAUGAGUAA